UGAGUUAACUCCGAUUAGCUCAAUAAGUUGUUCAAUUAACAUAACAUAACUCAUGAUAACGUCGUUUACUUGUAGAAUCUCUUGCACAUCCUUUCUUUCUCCCGCUAUAAAUUGCAAACUCCUUUUCUUGCGAAGCGAAAACAAAAUAAUUUUAUCUUGCGAUUAAAUAUUUAUCGGCACACGCGCCGUCAGGGAACGGCAGAUAAAGAAACAGCGGAUAAGAGCGUUUGAUCAAGCCGCGGCCGACAAAGUUCGCUCGCGAAGUGUAUCACGAGAUCGUAUUUAUACGUCGUCGUCAUAACCUUAUUUAGGAGUUUAAAUUUGAGUUCGAUCUUGGUUCUAUGCUCAACAAUGUUCAACUUGACUGAGUUAGAUUGAGAUUAGACAGUGAAUGUUUUCUAUGUAUUAAUCAGUGUGUGAUUGCACAUCAGGAAAUCUGUAAAUAUGAAAUUUGCAGAACACUUGUCUGCACAUAUUACACCUGAAUGGCGUAAGCAGUACAUUAGCUAUGAGGAAAUGAAAGCAAUGCUCUACACUGCGGUCGAGGAAGCACCCUCGAGUGAAAGUGUAGAGCCCGAAGUAAUAUCACGCCACUUUAAAUCAUUUGAUGAGGUAUUUUUUACAUUCUGUGAUCGUGAAUUAAAAAAGAUUAACACAUUUUAUUCAGAAAAAUUGGCAGAAGCCACACGGAAAUAUGCGGCUCUGCAAACUGAAUUAAAAAGUGCUCUGGAACUACAACAGGGAAGUGGGAAGAAUAAAGGAAAGACCAGUGCAAAACCAAGUUUGCCUACAAGAAAGCUCAGGGAUCUGAAACUGGCGUUCUCAGAAUUUUAUCUUUCCCUAAUUCUUCUUCAGAACUAUCAGAAUCUUAAUUAUACUGGAUUUCGCAAGAUUCUAAAAAAACACGACAAGCUGUUAUCGGUUGACGCUGGCUCAAAAUGGAGAGUGGAGUGCGUAGAAACGUCUCAUUUCUAUGUGAACAGGGACAUAGACAAGUUGAUACAGGAAACAGAAGCCACUGUGACCAACGAUCUCGAGGGUGGCGACCGGCAACGCGCCAUGAAACGUCUUCGUGUACCGCCACUGGGCGAACACCAGAGUCCAUGGACCACUUUCAAACUCGGUUUAUUUUCGGGCAGUUUCCUUAUUCUAGUCGUAGCAGUUGUACUUUCAGCUCUUUUUCACGAUAGCGGACAGAAUCUGCAGCUAGCAUUCAGAUUGUAUCGUGGUCCCUUGCUUAUUGUCUUGUUUUUAUUGUCUAUUGGAGUGAAUGUCUAUGGAUGGAGAUCCUCCGGUGUCAAUCACGUUUUGAUAUUCGAAUUGGAUCCAAGGAAUCAUCUUUCGGAGCAGCAUCUCAUGGAACUGUCCUCUAUCCUCGGUGUUAUUUGGGCGCUUAGUUUGUUGAGUUUCAUAUACAGUGUUAGUCUAAGCAUUCCACCAUAUGUGAAUCCGUUAACAUUGGUCUGCAUUAUGUUAGCGUUCCUAUUAAAUCCAGUCAAGAUGUUUCGUCACGAGGCUCGUUUCUGGCUGUUGAAGAUUAUAGGACGUGUGUUGAUAUCGCCGUUUGCGUAUGUCAAUUUUGCCGAUUUCUGGCUGGCGGAUCAAUUCAACAGUAUGGCGACCGUAUUCCUGGACUUACACUUUACGGUGUGCUUUUAUUUAACAAAUGGCGAUUGGUUGAGAGCCAACGAGUCUACUCAGUGCACGUCGGAUUCUUUUAUUAUCAGACCUAUUGUGAACUGUCUGCCGGCGUGGUUUCGCUUUGCGCAAUGCGUUCGCCGAUACCGAGACACUAAAGAGGCGUUUCCGCACUUGGCUAACGCCGGAAAAUAUUCCACAACAUUCCUUGUCGUAACAGCUAACGUUUUGUACAAUUAUCAUAAAACGGAAUUUUCAAACCGAUGGGAGAAUCCGUGGCUGUGGUUCUGGCUGUGCAGUUGCCUUAUUAAUUCGAUAUAUUCAUACACAUGGGACCUCAAGAUGGAUUGGGGUCUUUUAGAUAGUAAUGCCGGCGAAAAUCGUUUUUUACGCGAAGAAACGGUGUACUCUGCAGCUCAUUUUUAUUACUUUGCAAUAAUAGAAGACUUUAUACUGCGCUUUAUAUGGAUCGCUAAUUUUAUUAUCGUCGAAUGGGGAUAUCUCGAUGGUAAUAUGAUGACUAGCAUAUUAGCGCCACUCGAGGUCUUCAGACGAUUUGUAUGGAACUUUUUCCGACUGGAGAACGAACAUUUGAACAACUGCGGUAAAUUCCGUGCCGUUCGCGAUAUAUCGAUCGCGCCCAUAGAUAGUUCCGAUCAAACGCAAAUUUUGCGCAUGAUGGAUGACGAAAACGGUGUACUUAACAGAGGCAAGCGCAGAAUUGGAGGUAAAAAGCAAAACAAUUCUAAAGAAGAUAAACGAGCGUUGCUCAGAGACGAAAUCAUAGACAUGGAUACAUCGAAUGCCAGUUAAGGGUAGUUUAGAUUUUUUUACGUAACAACUAUUGUUGUUACAGUAUUGAAAGCAUUUCGUACUUAGACAACGAAGCUAACUCGCACUCCGCAAGUUGACAUGUGUUUUUUUUUGUUUUUUGGUAGAACUGUUACAGUGCCUUUCGAGUUACUCUCGCGUAUAAAAAAACAACUUACUUAAUAACAAAAUUAAUUUAAAAAAUUUAAACUCCCGAUUGUUGUCUCACCGCCUAUAAAAAAGUAAAUAUGUAAUAAUUAAUUAAAGAUAACUUGUAGAAAAAGAUAAAGAGAGCAGUCGGGAGAUCGCUCAAAGUUUCGUCGUUGUCAUGCUGAAGCUUUUAAAUGCACGUGUUAAUAUACGUGCUAUAAAUAUUUACAGAACAUAGUAUUUUGUAUAAUUGAAGACUAGUGAUGAAUUACCAUUAUUGACGAUUAAAACUUAGCAACACAUUUGUGCUAUUGCUAAUUAUAUAUUUUUUUCGACUGCUCUCAUUAAUUUUAUCUUUUUUUUAAGUUUUAUAUCUUUUAAUAUUUCCAUGACGAAUACAAAAAACGAUAUGAUAUCUAAGAUUGUAGUAGAAUGUGUGUAGCAUAGUUUCAUACAUACAAGAUGUAAACUACACCAAUCCAAAAACUAAUUUUCCAUUGAAUAUUUUAGAAAGAGAGAGCGCCGGGAGUUUUCGAAUUUUUUAAAUUAACGUGUGGUUUUAAUUUACAUUUUUGAAAGCAACUAUAUAUACUUAUCUCAUGAUUACUUACACGCAAGUUUUAAUUCAUAAUUGAUUCACAAACUUGUCAUAACAAGAUAAAUGUAGUAUUCAAUUAAUGCUACAUUUAUCUUGUUAUGACAAGUUUUGUGGAUCAAUUAUUAUUAUACAUUUUAAGCGAUUAUUUUUUGCCAACUUGUUUAGAUUGAGAGUAAUCGGAUGCAAUAUAAUCCUUAAUCUAUAGUUUCUAUCAAAGGUCUUCCAACACGCAAGCAGCAAGUUAUAAAUUUUUGUAUGAGUGAGCUGUUUAUUUUAAGAGAGUGGUGUACUUACGAAAAACAUCAACAGUCUGGCUAAUUAAAAAUAAGUUUGUCUCGACAUAAGAGUGUUGGGAAUAUUAUCGAUAUUUUUUGGAAUUACAUCACUUGCAUAAUAAACAGCUCAAAUAGUUAAGUAGUCUAUGAAUUUUAUAGCUUGUAGAUUCAAAGAGAGAAAUGUAAUAUAUAGAAAGAACGAAAGAGAGAGAAAGAGAGAGAGAGAGAGAAAGAGAGAGAGAAAUAGAGAUAAAAGCCGAAAGAAAAUAAAGAAAGAAAGUAGAAAAAGAAAAUAGAAUAUGAAAUAGGUAUUUUGCUGGAGAAGAGAGUGAAUAAUUUCUUGUGAGACACACUUAAUCGAAAAUAAUAGUGAAUGUAAACUUAUUUAAAGGAAUAGGAUUUGUAUAUAACAAAUAUGUAGAUAUAUAUGUGUACAAUAUUUAAUAUUAGUAUAAGAAAUAAAACAACAGACUCUAUAUAUAAUAUAUAAAAAUCAUAAUAUAUAUAUUAUAUAUAUAAUAUUUAUCACGAUAAGUAAUACUUUAAAAGCAACAACUGUAUUUUCUAUAUAUAUUGCGGUUUUUGUUCAAACGAAAGUUUUAUGCAAGUAUAUAUAUGUAAAUUCAAUAUAAUUUAUUUUGUUUAUAUAUUUCUUAUGUGAAAUAUAUACAUGUAUUAUAUUGUUUUUAUAUACAGAUAUAUGUAAUUACUUCAGUCAAUUGUCACUAGAAAAAACUUUCAGACACAAAUCCUCUCUCUUUUUACAUAUUUUUUAUUAAUUCAUUCCAAUAUAUGUAUGAUUACGAUCAUUUUAUAUAAAAGUUUUUCUCUAAGUAAUCAGAGACGGCUGUUGCCUAAGAUGGGCGUUAACGUUUAAUAUUUUUGUAAUUCAUGUAUAUAAUACAUAUUUAAGGUAUAAUUUGACGUCAUCCUCACAUAACGGUUUACAAUGUUACUACAUGUGUUAUUACAUAUAUUAUUACUACCAUGUACAUAAUAUGAUAUUGUAAUAAAGUGAUUAUUCAAUUGUAAGAAGUGAUCAUUUUCUCGUUAUUUUAAAACAUUCUAACAUUUAUUAUAUAAAAGUUAAUGUGUUAAAAUAAAAUAAUUUUCUUUUACAAAACAUUUUAGCAAUUGAAAGAAAAUGGGAGAAUAAAUUACUUGAUAAACGUAUGUGUGUAAACGGAGUUUCGUCAGUUCUUUGUUUAAAUUCGUAGAUUCCUUUGUCAUUAGAAUAACUGAGAUUGAUCUCACGGUCGAGCAAUUUGACAUUUACCAUAUUAUGUAACAAGAUAAUAACACGGCAGCAAUUGCUUCUUUGUUCUCUCGGUUUUUUCAAGAGCAGUAAAUUAUUAUUGGAAUUAUUUAUCUCGCAGAUUUUUGUGUAUAUAUAUAUG